ACCCGAUUCUGAUUGAUAUAUACUACACCACUUCGAAACCAGCCGGAUGUAAUAAUGGAUAUCAACGAGGAGUCGCUAUCAACAGUUUCAUUUCAGACUUAAACCCAAGCCGACAUUGCGUUACCUCCACAUUCGUUUCCAUGUCCUAUUCUCUCCGUCAGCAAAGUAGGCAAUACCGACGGUCUACUGGAGAUGAGUCAACACCCCGAACCCGCCACUGCCCUCACCAAAGGCUUUACCAACCAUCUCCGCGCGCGAGAACAGGAGCGCCGGCGGAAGACGUGGACCAAAUGUCCCGUUUGUGGCGAUGAGUUACGAGCAGAGUCGCGGGACGACAUCCAGCAGCAUUACAAGGACAACCACGCCGCUGGGCAAGAUAGUAAUCCGCCCCCGACCGCGCAGAAUCUCUCUGAUCAGAUAGACGAGGUUUGGAAGUCGAUUCGGUCACGUCCACCCCCGCCACGAGGCGACCAACCACCGUCAUCCGAUCCAAUCCCAUCGGUAACGCCGUCCAGCGUCGACCCUGGCCCUAGUACCCCGACCCCGGAGCCCGAAAGACAACGAACACCGAAUCAACCGUCUUCUUCUUCAAAGACACCUCAUAGAAAUAACAAAGACGAGAGGACGGUCGCCCCGAAGCGGAGCCGUGCGCGGGAGUCGAACCAUCACGCUGCGCGUUCGACCGAUAACGAAUUCCGAAGGGAGCCUACCCAGCAGAAGGGGAAGCUGUGGACCCCCACCGACGACAACCCGCUUCCUCGACGUGCCGAUGCGAAACGGCCCGGAGAUGCCUCCGACUCCCCUCGGGCUCCGGCCUCGGUACGGUCCUUCGAGCCCCGGUCCUCGGAGCCGGACAAUACGGAAGUGAUGAUCAAGGAACCUGAGACACGACCCAUCAGCCAGGAGCAGCUUGUCGCUGAAGUCAAGGGCAUCUACGCAGGCCUUGUCAUGGUGGAGUCCAAGUGUAUCGAGGUCGAUAACUCGCAAAGCUCAAACAAAGAAACUAACCCCAAACUCAACAACGAACAAUGGCAAGCUUUAAUCGCUUUACAUCGGACUCUUCUUCAUGAACAUCAUGAUUUUUUCCUGGCGUCACAGCAUCCAUCUGCAAGCCCAGCCCUGCGGCGUUUGGCAAGCAAGUAUGCGAUGCCGGCCAGGAUGUGGCGUCAUGGAAUACACUCGUUUUUAGAACUGCUUCGACACUGGUUGCCAGCAUCCCUUGAACAUAUGCUUGCGUUCAUAUAUCUGGCUUACUCCAUGAUGGCACUGCUCUAUGAAACUGUCCCUACUUUUGAGGAUACCUGGAUUGAGUGUCUGGGCGAUCUUGGACGUUACAGGAUGGCGAUAGAAGAUGAUGAUCUAAAAGAUCGCGAGGUUUGGACAUCCGUGAGCCGUCACUGGUACUCCAAGGCGAGUGAUAAAGCUCCUACUACUGGUCGGCUGUAUCAUCAUCUUGCGAUUCUUGCGCGACCAAACGGCCUGCAGCAGCUGUUUUACUACUCAAAGUCGCUUUGCGUGCCUGUGCCGUUUCUCUCAGCACGGGAGUCCAUCAUGACACUCUUCGAUCCGCAUCUGAAUGGCUCUCCAACGAGAUUGCAAGAGAUUGACGCCGCCUUCGUCCGCGCUCACGGCAUUCUUUUCUCCGGGAAGAACAUGAAUCAGUUGGCGCCGUCUGUAAGCGAGUUUAUCGACCACUUGGACAACCACAUUGCACGCAACACGAAGCGCUGGCUGGAUAGCGGCUACUAUAUCGGCAUCGCCCUUGCAUGCGCCAUUCUUGAGUACGGCAGCGAGUCGAACUCUGUUAUGAGAGCCAUCAAGACAGGUCGUGUAGACGACGCUGAUGUUCACAUGGACGACAACGAGACUUGCGCUGCAAGCCAAAAGCAGCUUGACGCCCUCGACUUCGCCUCCCGAACCCACAACGUCGUCUUCCGCCGUUUUGGCGACCCAAACGUUAGCCCCUACGUGCAUGUCACCCUCUCCUUCCUCCACCAUUUGUCACACUUCCCGACUGCAAUGGGGUACAUUGAAGAGAAGAUUCCAUGGAAGCUUAUAUCAUAUACGUUGAAUUCACUCAUGGCGAAGUGCCCGUCUGUAGACAAGAUCGAAUCGGAGGAGUUUCCGAGACAGGACAAGGAAGCUCCUCGUCCUUUGCCCGAAGAUUUUGCGCAGCGGGGGUUGUUGUGGGUUGACAAGUACUACCCGGACGACUGGUUUACGACGGCCAAGUUCGACGACGACGAGAAGUACUUUGAAGUCGCCUCGAUGGCCCAAGAGCGCCGCGAGCGGUGCCUUUGGUUGGGUUGUCGACUCGCCUCGUCUGGGAACUGGCUCACAUACGACCGGGCCACGAGGGAAUUCGGUGUGCCGGCGCGAUUCGAGAUGGAUGUAGGCGAGAUUGUCUCGCAGCAGAGCGAGGGAGGGGAAGAGGAUGGCGAUGUGAUCAUUCCAGAUGCGCCUGCUGCUAUUGCCACUCCUAGUUGAAGCCACUGGGACACGAAUCUGAAACGAUCACCUCGCCAUCCUCUUCCCCUCCCUCGCUCUGCUGCGAGGUAAUCUCCACGUUUGGGCGAAUAGGGACUCGGGUGUUAUCCGACGAUGUAUCUUCCAUCAACAGGCCGGCACCGGGUCGGCGUUGGCGACUCACCAUGUGAUAUCGAGAUCUCCGACCCGGGGCCGGGUGUAAGGGAGAACGAGUUGGAAUGAUCUUCCCGAGUCGCCCUCUGGCAGAUGUCCGAAUCCGGAGAUAUUCUUUCCAUGCCAUGGCUUCAAGACUAGCCAUGUCAUGCCACCUCGCCAGCGUCCCAGCGCAGGUCUUCGUACGUCGGGCUCUGUAGGGAAUGAGACCAGCGCUCCAAAAAAUGUAGAGGUGUCAAAUGGUUACUACAUUAUUUCCCGUUUGAUUAUUGCUACGUUUUUGCACAUAUGAAGCUAUGUUUAGAUGUAUACUAUUCAAGCCCACACCGUCUCCUUUUUAGCUAAUUGGCAGGGGAGCGUAUUAUUUCAAAAGUUUUAUGUUUUCGCAACCUCCAUAAAAAGCUCGUUUCCUCACUCUUCAGGUUUCGUUUGUACGUUUGU